CGCUGGCUGGGCUGAUGACAGAAUGACUUUCAGGCGACUCAAAAAGCUACAGCACAAGGAGGAGUAUGCUUCACCCCCGGACCAGGCGAUCUAUAGGGACAGGGACAAAUAUGACCCCUAUGCGGCUCUGGACACCUACCGGACAGCAGACAUGUACAAGGCAUUAGCGGUGUCUGGGGGGACUCUCCCUAGAACCAAAAAGGUAAUUCACAAAUAAUUACUGCUGUCUUCUUCUUAUUAUUAUUAUUUUAAUCCACCAAUACUUCCUGUGGAGAUUGAUGGCAGAGACCCCGGUAAUUGAUGCCAUGGUUCUGGGUUAACUCACUGCCUAUCCUGACACGUGUUAUGAAAUCCUCCAGGAAUUGAGGGGUUAAUUUACCAUGGAUUAGAGUGAUUCACGUAUCCGGAGUAUCUCUGUAAUUAUAACCUCUGGACAAUUAAUGCUACAUUGGGUUCUAGAACGUCCCCGAGUUCCACGUUCUGUUGUCUUCUGGUCUCCUAUAGGAUGGGUUCUCUCUCUGGAAACCCAGCAAGGGUUAAACCGCAGGACCACCGCCACUUGGGGGGAUGUGAUCUCAUUGUUUUCAAAGCACUAUUGUCUUUUUUUAUGUGGAGUGUGCAGCUUCAUUGCUUGUAAUGCGAACAAGCCUGCUCUCUCCCUCAGCCGGUUUACCUGAGCAGCUCAUGUCUGCUUCCUGACUGCCCUUUAAAUUAUUCACUGUUUAACUUUCCAUUCCUCCUUUUCGAAAACCUAUAAUUUGAUUUCUAUAUAAAUAUCUCUACGUGUAUAUAGAUCUACACACCCACCCCCUUCAUCUCCAGAUGUGUAUAUAUACCCAGCACUGUUGGAAAUAAAGUGUGUGUGUGUGUAUUUAUAGGAAGCUAUCAUUACUCUGUCCCAAGACACUGAUAAAUCUCAACUAUCUGUAAAUGCCUGGUUUAUUCCAUGGCCAGUAUCUGAAUUGGCUGAUACAGUAGCAUGUAAGGGACUAUAGUUAUUCGUGGUUUACAAUUGCUUAAUUUCUACAUCUCGCUGUACAACAUUGUGGCGUAUGUUGGUGACAUAUACCUAGUUGACGCCUAAAUGUAUGCUUGUCAAAUCUCCCUUUUUUAUAAUUGUAAAGUGCAGCAGAAUAUAUUACUGCUAUAUAUAGAUGCUAGUAAUAAGUGGUCUACCUUUUUUGUCUGUCAAACUAGCUUUAUUCAUCAUGUGACAGCUUGUGUUUUCUGGUAGUCAGUAACUCUUGAGGUUUAGUACUUCUGUAACUUUCAAACAAAGUAGGCAAAUUGAUCCCUAUGGCUGUGAAUGUGUUAAUGGUAUAGCUGUUAUCUGUGUUGGCUUUCCUCACCUCCCUGGCCAUUGGCUGUAAACUGGUCCUUCCUAGAGUAUGCUUGUUUACUAGUCUGGGAAGAAGCUCCCCACCCCCCCAGAUUUGAAGUCACUUUGAUAAAAGGGAAGGAAUAUAUAACAAACCCCUAUUUAAUGUGCAGUGUGUAUUGUACACGCCAUCCGCUGUCAGGCUGGUGCAUAGAUCACUGAGAUGUGAAAGGCAGCCAAAAGCUACAAUUACUCAAAUAUCGCUUAGUGAAGCAUAAAAUAGUCUCUUACACGUUAAAUAAUAGUCUUUUACAAGUUAAUUAUCAUAGACCUCUUGCAGGAUAAUGGCAUUGGAUAACCAAAUUGAGGAUUUUUGCUUAAAAAUAAAAAAAGUAUUUAGCAUAUUAAUGGAAACCAAAUACUGGCACAUUGACAGUACAAAAGUAUCUUCCAUGUUAUUUCUUCCGAAAAAAGCUAACAAUUGUCUAAUACCUUCUAGCAGAUGUUAAAGGUUAUGAAUGUUAAACGUGUUGACUUUAGAACUGUAUUGCAAAACAUACGGAUAUAUUUCCUAUUAAUUAUGUGCCAGUCUAUAAACCCUGACACUAACUUAAUUUUUUCGUAUUUGGUUUAAAAAAAAUUGGGAUUAUUCAUUUUUACUAUAACGAAUAUUCUGUGCUAGGGUGAUGUUUUAGUUGGUUGUUAAAACCGCGUUGCCAUGCGGCAAGUGCAUGGAACAAGCAAACUGGUAGGCUGCUUUGCAUUUUCUAACAAUGCGCCCACAUUAUUUACUACAUAGCAAAGUGCUGAAUGUAUCUAUUGGGAUAUUGUAAGGCUUAGAUAACCAGUGAGCGACACAAAUACUGCCGGAACCUGUUUUCCUAGUUUUUUAGUUUUGUUAGAUGAAAUUUCAGCCAUUCCUGAGAUUGCUGAAUGACUUACAUAAUGUUAAGAAUAUUAGGAUGCUGACAAUAUGUAGAUACUGUUAGUCUACUGAAAAGCCACAACUAAUUCUAUGUCAAUGUGUACCGGUCUGCAACAAUUAACUGCAUGUGUUUUGAUAAUCUCAAUGAAAUGUUUGCAAUUACUAAUGAAGCUGCCAUUCACAAAAAAUGUGGUUGAGAAGAUCAAUCUCAGGUUGCAAUAUUCUUUGUUUACACUUUGCUGGCGUUGACGGUAGCACAUUUUAACAUCCCCCUUCCUUAUUGUGGCAACUGCAAUGCAAUUAGGCAGUUUCUCACAAAGUGCUCCUGCACCCAAAUACUGUAUGUGAUUUCCCAUAAUGCUAGGUGUGUUUUUUGCAACAUUGUUAGUACAAUAAAGAUGACAUUUGCUAUUGAGUGUAGUUGUAUUGGCAUUGUCAUGUGCUUGUUAGGUGCAUUUUGGAAGUGAAAUUCACCGGUGAUCGCUGUGGCUCAACUAGUAGUUUUGCUGAAGUUUGGUUUUUUCACCACUCAUUACUGUUGCGGAGUACUAGAUUUUGUGCCACCUGCUUAUCUUAAUCUUUUCUUGUCUAACUGGCAUGUCCUGUUGUCUGACGAUGUGGUUGAGCAGCUCAAAGUAUCAUUGAAAUGUACCAUAAGAGCCCUGAUAAAGACACUAAUGACUGAUCCCAUAACAGAAGGCAUAUCUAAAAGUUGCCUUUUCAGUGUUAGUCUAGUUUCAUUAUUCCUUAUCUGAGUUACACCUGUUUGAUUUACAUGCCAGACUCCUAGCUUGCUCCUGAGAUAACAAGCUGUCAGUUAGGCAAAUACUUAGCAAUCUACAAUGCACGAAACUGGAAUAUCGAGUUUCUGUUUGAGUUAAGGCUAGUUCCUGCAAGGUUCAUUUUACUAUCAAAUGAAGGACUGAUUCCUUACCUUAGCAGUCUAUCGAAGUACACAAAUAAGUAAAUAAAGAAAACUAUAUUGGUAUCUAGUUUGUUUACUUUGAACCUCAAAUAUUGUGAUCAGUGAGAAUUCACUUUGUAAAUGAUGAUUGAUGGACAGUGCUUCAGGUCAUUUUCCCAGCAGGGGAACCACAUAUUUCAUUCUAAUAGACUAGUUUGUAAGGAAACAUGAACUGGCAAAAUAGGUUAGUGUAUAGAGGUUUAAAAUUGAUUCCUAGAGAAUAUCAUUGGAGACAGGUGCUUUUAUUUUAUUUGCAUUAUAGCACAAGAUAAUGGAAAGCUGUUUUUAGAAACUACAGUUUUCCCACGGAUUUAUAUUUAUAUUGGUCACUACUCUAUCCUAAUUCUCCUUGACCUGUCUGCGGCUUUUGACACUGUUGAUAAUCAACAGCUUCUUCUCAUCCUCCGCAAUAUCGGUCUACAAGAUACUGCUCUCUCCUGGUGCUCCUCCUACCUCUCCCAGCGCUCUUUCAGUGUUUCUUUCUCUGGCUCUGCUUCUUCUCCCCAACUCCUUUCUGUUGGUGUCCCCCAAGGUUCAGUCCUUGGUCCUCUACUGUUCUCCAUCUAUACUGCCUCCCUUGGUAAACUCAUUAGCUCCUUUGGCUUCCAAUAUCAUUUCUAUGCAGAUGACACGCAAAUCUACCUGUCCUCUCCUGAUCUCUCCCCGUCCCUCUUGACUAGUGUGUCUGACUGCCUCUCUGCUGUUUCUAACUGGAUGGCUGCCCACUUCCUUAAACUAAACUUGACCAAAACUGAAAUUCUGGUCUUUCCUCCCUCAAGUGUUGUUACUGUGUCUGUCUCCCUCCAAGUCAACGGUGCUACCAUCAGCUCCACCACGCAGGCUCGCUGCCUAGGGGUUCUCUUUGACUCCGACCUCUCCUUCAAGCCUCAUGUUCAAUCUAUCGCCAAAUCCUGUCAUUUCCAUCUCAAAAACAUUGCGCGCAUCCGCCCCUACUUGACGCCAGAUGCGACUAAGGUGUUGGGUCAUUCCACUGUCCUUUAUCGCCUUGACUACUGUAAUCCGCUUCUGAGUGGUCUUACGUGCUCCCAACUAGCGCCGUUACAGUCCAUAAUGAAUGCGGCGACGAGGCUCAUCUUCCUGUCCGCCCGCACCUCCCAUGCCUCACCCUUCUGUCAAUACCUACGUUGGCUUCCUAUAAAAUAUAGAGCUCAAUUUAAAAUUCUGGUUCUUGCUUUCAAAUCGCUACAUAAUGCUGCUCCCACCUAUCUAUCCUCCCUUAUACAAAAGUAUGUCCCGUCUAGGCCCUUACGAUCUGCUGAAGACUUACGUUUAUCUUCUGUCCGUAAUCCCACCUCUGAUGCUCGCCUUCAAGAUUUCUCGAGGGCUGCACCGUUCCUGUGGAACUCACUUCACUCCUCCGUUAGAUGCUCACCCAGUCUCCAUUCCUUCAAAAAAUUGUUAAAAACCCACUUCUUCAUAAAAGCGUAUCAAUUAAACUGUUAAUAGCUCAUGACUGAUUCCUCUUCUGCAACUGUCACUAGUCUAAUACUAUCCUUACCUUUUUAUGUCAUUUUACCCCACUCCUUCUAGCAUGUAAGCUCAUUGAGCAGGGCCCUCAACCCCUCUGUUCCUGUGUGUCCAACUUGUCUGGUUACAACUACAUGUCUGUUUGUCCACCCAUUGUAAAGCGCUGCGGAAUUUGACGGCGUUCUAUAAAUAUCAUCAUAAUAAUAAUAAAGUUUUACCUAUAGUGUAUUAUUCCCCCCAUGUUUAUGGGACGUGCUGCUAACCAGGUUCUGUUCCAGAUUAACUCUACUUCCUGUAAAUGAGAUACAGUGGAGGUGUGCACUGUGCAUCACACUUUGCAAUUAUGCAGCUCUUUUAAAAGUCAUGCUUUGUUGUAAAAUCGUGUAGUAAUGAUCAAAUUAUAUUUGCUUUGUAACAGAAUUGAAUUUUUGCUUUAAGUUGUCAUCUUGUUCACUGACCUCCUUGUAUGUACAACAGAUAUCGGUUGAAGAUAAGUGUAUUCUGGUCAUUUUGAUACAGAGAUAAACAAUGGCAAUUAGGAAAUUAGCAAAGACAUUCAGACAACCCCUAAUCCUCUGGAGCGGUAAAGUAAACGGCAAGUGCACACAUUUGCUGACUUUGUGCUGUCUUGUUGUGCAAGUUGCUAAUGGCCAGAUGCCUGCUGACAUUUGGGGUUGGGAGGUGGGAGCAGGUCAAACAGAAGGUAACUGAAUUUUGGUCUAGUAUGUUUCCUCUGAAAUUAACAGACGAUUAGAACAGUUAAUAUGCCAUCUAAAAUGCCUUAAAGGAACACUAUAAUGAAAAGAAACUAAAAGGGUUACUAUAACACUUUUUAAAAUCUUUGUAAUUUGCAAUGCUUUAGUGGGCAUUAGUAACUAGGUCCCCCCUUCUUAAAAAAAAAAAGUGCAAAAAAUGUUUUUAAACAUGCCUAUAAUACAGUGCCAGGCAAAGCUCCAGAUGCUAACCUCCACGUUUGUCAGAUGACACCCCUGGCCUCGAGAUGCCCAAUCAAAUGCUUCUCAAUGAUAACUUUAUUUGUCCGUUUUGCUAUUUUAUAGGGAAAUUGUGCUCUUAAGGCCAGCAAUGGAGUAGGAAGAUUUUUUUUCUUUAAGUGUUUUCAAGCGGGCGGAGGCAGUGGAGAGCAAUGGUUCUCCUUGCAGGUGCACUGCCUACAAGGGAGAAGAUAAUUACAUCUGUGUCUAAUGUAAUUUUUACCCGGAAUUAUUAGGGAGCCCGGAACAGAGUUUUGGCCUGCCUAAGUAAAGUGUCCCAAAAUGUGAUCUUAUGAUUAUAUUUCUGAAUGUGCAGAAUUUCAAGCUAAGACACUGCAUAUAUAUAAUCCUAUCACCAUGACCACUAUAAGCCUUUUGUGUUAUCUGAGAAGUGUAGAUUUAGGCACAGUCACCUAAACAGCAACUCAAAUAAAAAUCCUUUCAAUUUUACCUGUAAUCCGAAAUCAAGCCAGACUCUUCACUGCAGUGGGAUCCACUUGCUGCAAAGUCAUAAACCUAAUAUCUUGUGUCUGAUCAAAUGCUUCUCAAAGAGAAGCAUUGCAGACAUUCAGCGCAUGUGCAGUGAUUGCCUACAUUUGCUGAUACAGUACUUCUGAGAGAACCAUUGCAUCUCAUAGUGAAGUACUGAAUGGCCACUCAGUGUUUGCAGUCAUGGGAAGAAAAUUAAUUUCCAUCGAAUACCACAAUAUAAACGCUUUUAAAGCAAACGUUGGAAAAAAUGAAGUUGUGUGGUUUUCUACUGUUGCAAAAGCAGGUAGCAGUCUGCUUGAUCACUUUAGAAAUCAUAUUGUUCUGAGAUACCGGUUACAGUUGGGGAUUGACAGUGUUUCCCAGUACGUAUUUGGAAUAUUUGUACAAGUGGCUUUCUAUUUAGCCAUUCAAUAAUCCAUUCAUCCUCCUUGUGAAUGUUAAGAGUGGCUGAAUUAGCUUGUUAAACUAUCCUUUAAUUUAUAUAUAUAUAUAUAUAUAUAUAUAUAAUGUUUUCCCCAUUUGUGACUGAAAGCAAACUAUUCCAUUUCUGGUAAUUCAUUGUGAAUUAGUCCAGUGGUCCAGGUUUUUUCAGUAUUUCAAUUUGAAUACAAAAGUGAAAUUCAUAAAUCCUGGACUGCUGGUUGGGCCAUGAGGACAGGGUUGGGGACCACUGAAUUAGACUAUUAGGUUCUGUGCUCUGUUCCACAACCAUCCUGCUGUAAAGUGCAUCCAUUCCUCACCAGUAGCAAAGAACUUUUGGGGGAAUAGUGUCGUUAAAAUGAUUUGACGGAACAUACAGUAAUAUUCAUUUAACUGGAAAUAAAGCUAGUAAGCAGUGUGUUGAGGACUGAAGCACAUGUGAAAUGGAUUCAUAAUACAAUGUCUGCUUUUUAUGCAGCGAAGUUACAUGAACAGCUCUGGUCAAAUCUAAGGCUUUACUACACUACAUAAUCUGUGGUGCUGAAAUAAUCUUCUGGCACCUUCAGCAUCAUGCAAAAAAAAGGAAGUUUAUUGCUUUUCAAGAAUAAUGGGCAAGUAUGAUAAUAGAGAUGCACAAAAAUACGUGUGAAACAAAAAAAUUCAGUUUUGCACUCAAAUCUGCACGUGGAGAAAUUAAAAAAAAAUUUAGGUUUUACUUUUUUAGCUGUAAAUGCAUUGAAGAAUAUGGUGUAUACAUCUCUGAUAUUAGUUAUGUAAAUACAAACAUGGAGACCAUAUAAUAUAGAAUAAAAAAUGGUGAUGUAACGCAGUAUUCACACCUACUAUGUCAUUGUGUUGGCUCAACUAAUUUGUUAAAGAGCAAUGGUCAUGCUCAGUUUAAUCGGAGCAUGACCAUGACGGCCCUUUGGUGUUUUGAUAUAUCAUUAGGCAUUGCUGAAGCAAAUGAUGUUCUUUAACCCCUUAAGGACCAAACUUCUGGAAUAAAAGGGAAUCAUGACAUGUCACACAUGUCAUGUGUCCUUAAGGGGUUAAGCAUCACAGGAACCAUAAAGGAUUAUCUACAAACAAUGGGAGAUAGUGCCUCCAUCACAUCUUUUCUCAUCUCAGUAUGAAGUAUAAUCAUGUAAAUUACACCCUGUAUUUAAAAGCUUACGUUUGUCUCAGCAGGUACACUCUCAUAGAAUACCUGUAAGGAAUAUUAGUGGCUGGUGUCAUGGAUGUCUGGAGUGUCAACUUUCCCCCCUUAUGUGUGUGUGUAUAUAUCUAUAUCCAUCCAUCCAUCCAUCCAAAAUACCAGAGUAUUGCAGUGUACAAUAAUACCUUUUUAAUGGACUAACAUAUUUCAAAGACAAGCUUUCAAGAGUUUUUCUCUUACUCAGGUCUGAACCAAUACUGAUCAAUCUGAUCGAGUUUAACAUGUAUCAGUUGUUUUAAGUGUUAAACUCGAUCAGAUUGAUCAGUAUUGCUUCUGACUCGAGGAAGAGAGAAACGCUCUUGAAAGCUUGACUUUGAAAGAUUUAGUCCAUUAAAAAGGUAUCAUUGCAUACUGCAAUACUCUGGUAUUUUGUCAUCUAGUCUACUGGACUAAUACGGCUAAUCCAAUCUACACUGUGUGUGUAUAUAUAUAUAUGUGUGUGUGUGUGUGUGUGUAUAUAUAUUUAUAUUUCCCCCCCACUGGUGUCUGCUAUGGGGAUGAAACUUGCAUAUCAUGUUUGCACAUCUUUACAAUUAACUCACUCAUUUUCGGAGUUCAGAGCCGUUUCCUGUCCAGUUUCUCCUUAUACUCUUCAUUUAUAUGCACCAAACAUUUGUUUGUAGCAAACAAUAUAGACUAAUCUCCAGAGUGGGUACAGGGGUACUUGCCGAGCUGCUAAACAUAUUUUAAAGUAAGAAUAGCCGUUCCUUCACUAUGUCCCAUUUUAUCUCUAUUUUAGUUACCCACAUUUCUUUUUUCUUAAUUUGUUGGCCAUAUAGUCUUAAACAGGGUCCAACCAGCAGCCUGGAAAAUCAGUGACGUUGGCUCUGUUUAAACCAGUCUAAAUUUUCCGUUGUUUGUGGAUAAGCUUUUGUCAGUUUUGGGGUUUUACAUUGGAUGCUGAUGAAAUUGGCUCCUGCCAUCUCGGUUCAUAUGUCCAGAGCUUGAACGGCAUAUUUACUGCAAUUAAUCAUAGCUGCAGAGUAAUGUUGGCACAAGCGACCCUUGUGUGAGGUGACUUUUUGUAUUUCAUUAAAACAUUUUAAUCUAAAAAUAUACAGUAGUGGCUCCUUUUUAAUAUUUACAAACACGUGCAAAGCUGUUAUGUUUUUGUGAUAAAUAGAAGACAUUGCACAGGUUUUUCUGCAUUGUGGGAUACACAGCAACAAUGUAUCGGCCCCAAUUUACUCAGAACUGUGAUAAUUGCCAUUCUCCCAGCCCCCUCCCACACACACACACACUUCUGCUUCUACUGAGGAAAACAGGAGCCACCGCUUUCUCUGCAGGGUUUCUGGCUCCCAUUUGCUUCCUUUCCAGUCCUGUGUCAGUUCCCAUUGACCAUUUGCAGUGUGUUGCUGAGCUAACAUUUUUGGUUAGAAGUGUGCCAGAUCGUGGAAAGUUACAUUAGCUAAAAUGCACAUCAGCCCAUUGUUGGAACACACAUGCUAUUCAGACGCUGAAAGGGUUAAUGCACUUCAUAACUUAUUGUUGGCUCAUGGAAGCCCACGUGAGUGGACUUUGAAAAAGACAGAUGCUGUUUUUCUGCCUCUUUGUCACCAAAUCAUCAAUACCAUUAUGAAAACCCCUGUGUAAUGUGCUUUGUCAAGGAAUAUUUAAUACCUAUAAUUGUGCCGGGGGGAAAGUUACCUGGUGUCCUAGGAGAAAUUGUGCUUUGACAUUUUGUUUAAGUCAUUAUUAGAAUUUCAAUGAUAUGCCUCAAAAAUGUACAGUUAGCUUUGCAGCACUGACAGGUUGCUGUGUAUUAAAAGAAAACAGAUUGCACUAUUGUAGUCGAAGAAUGUAUGGUCCAGGACUGGACAAAUAGCCUGACGUGUGCAAUAUUUAAUCUGUUACUACCGAGCUUCGUGUAUUGCACAUCUUACUCCAAAAACCAUGCUCUGCCUUUCCAGUAAAAAGAAAAGCAUUAUUUCAGUAUUUGAAUUUAUUAAACUCUUUAUCAACUCUUCAAUCAUUCAAAUGAACUUAUCCCACUAAUUAUGUUUGUUUCCAAUUGUUUGUCAAAAGGCCAUUGUUUGUCUUGUUCUUGUGUAACUCACACCUGUAGUGUAAGUGUGGCUUGCACAUAGCAGACCAAUCGAUCCCCCCCAUUAUAUUUAAUUUGUCAAACCAUGUAUCUCAGUUAAUACAAUUGAAUUAUCUCUUGUGUAAGCGUUUAAGGUUCUUCCUGUGGGGAACAGAUGGCUUAUAAACUUGGAUCUGGUGGUUGCUCUGAUGAGAAAUCACUGGAUCUGAGUUUGUUCUAUUUCGUUUUAAUGUGAUAUUUUCUACAAGGAAACCUUAACAGCUGCCGCAAUACGUUUAAAGCCCGUCUGCCAUUUCUCACUUUGCCUGCCAUUUGUGACACUUUGAGGAUUUGCUGUUAGCGGAAUUGCCACCUGGAUGUGUUUUAUUUACAAACUUUUAACAAAAAUUGCAUCCCCACACACACACACGUCUUGGUCUCAAAAUAAACAUUUAGAAUAACAAACACUUGAUCUCUUUACCUGCCGUGGGUGACUUCAGAAUCAUUUGGGAUUUUGGAGAAACUGUGGCAUGUAAAUCAUUGCCGUCCUGCUUCAUGGUUGAGUUAAGGCAUUUUACCAUGGCAAAUGGGAAAUGGCAAACAAGAUCUGUUUAAAAGAGGCUCCAGUGAGUUAGCAGUGUGGUCUAGAUCGCUUUAGAAAGGGUUCUGCUAAGUUAUUGUUAGAAUUUGAUUUAGGUGUAUGUUUUGUAUGGUUUAAUUUUGUUAUGUUGUUCCUUUAAAUGCGAUUUAACAUUUAAGAAGAACUAUUUGACCAUAGGAGCUAGAACUCUUUACUUUAAAUAACUUAAGACACACAACUAUAUUUAUAAAAAAAAUCAUGAUCAGUUUGCAGUGUUCAGCAUCAAUGCUCAUUAUAUGAUGUUCAAAGGUCUUGAGGAGGAAGCAUCUCUAUUGACUAUCUGUGUGACCGUACUAGACGUUUUCCUGGACAAACUUAAAACAUUGCGCUUUCUCAAACAAUGCUUUUUAUGGGCCCAUAAAAGGGAUACCAUAACCACUACAUUAGCCUUUAUAGUUCUUUAUAGUGUACUUUUAGCAUUACUUGGUAUACCAGCUUUGACUCUGCUGGCCCGCAGGUGCAACCCUUGAAAACAUGGCAUUUCAGGCCAUGUGUAAUGUCCCCUUAUGUCCAUAUCUGUAGUGUAUUGCAAUGUUUAAGAACAAAUUUAGUUUCAGACAAACCGGAAAUGAUUUAUCAUAAAGCAAUAAGCAGUAAAUCUGCCACUCCUGAUAAAGGUAUCCUUCCUUUUCACAAAUCUACAUUACAGUUCAGCAUACCCAACAAAGCUGUGCGUUCAUAGUUUCAGUGAAAUAACUUUUCUAAUGUAUCAACGAAAGUGAUCACCUUUGCUGUAGUGUAUCCAGCAAGGAGAGGGAGUAUGUUGUUACAAUGGGAUUUUCCUGAUGAAGUUCUUCUGCUGCAUUACGAUGUGGAUACUGGUCAGACUGGUCUUGAAAAGCCAUACGGGUUUAACUCUGCAGUAAAUAACUGAAAAACAGAAGCCAGGUGGCCUGGAGGUGUAUUUUAUGUUUUGGAGAGCAGAUAAUCUUCUGCCCAGUCAGUCUGAUCCUACUGCAUUGUAUUGGGACUAAAGCUUGCUUGUUUGUGGUUUAGCACCUUUGUGGACAAAGAACUGUUUUCUUUAACAGUGUUGCUAUGUCACUGUUGACAACUGUAGCUGUAUUGUCUCUUGUAACGACCGGUCCUCAUACUUUGCAGACUGUUUUGAUCUAAAGCUGUUUUUCUGAGACUCUCAUUUCGUCUCUGUAUACUCUAGGGACAAGCACAAUCUACCAAAAAUCCUUGUAAAGGUACUUUUACCAAGACAUUUUUAUUUUAUUUUUCUCAAUAAUUCUAUUUAUAAAAUAUUUUACCAGGAAGGAUACAUUGAGAUUUCUAUCGUUUUCAAGUAUAUCCUGAGUAAUACAGGUGCUAUUACCAAAGUCGUUAAUGCAUUCUAUAUGAUCUACACAUGUGAGCAAUCACUAUAGGUUUUACUCUGAUGCUUGAAUGUUGUCCUAUAAAUACCUUUAUAACCGGGUGCACUUGCAUUGUAAAGGGUUCCAAACAUAGAAUGAACUUCUUGUGUAUUAUUACCAUUGUAGACGGAUCUUGUAAUGGUUUUCCUAUUAUGGGAGUUUUGGGCUAUGCCUAGUAAAUGUCUCCAGUUAGCAAAAUUAAAUCAAAAUUUUGGGACCCCAUCUACAUUUGAAUAGUUUUUUUGUGGUUGACCGUUUCUCAUGUUCAGUUUUAAGUAUUCUCACGUUUUUAUUUCUUCCAUUCUUGCCCACGCCGGCAUAAAGAAUUAAAGCCCCUAUUCAUUUAUAAUAAGGGCAUUUAUAAGGGCCACACUUUUCCCAAAAUAUGUGACGCUCGAUCCAAGUUGUGAACCUCUGAUCACACAAUGGUAGAAAUUGUCUUUUGAAAUCCACUGCGAGUUAUUAAACUAUAAGCUGGAGGUUAUGAAAGACUUUUUGUGACACAGGAUCUUGAAAGAUAAAUGGUUCUUCUCAUAAACUUGUGCGUUGGAUGUAUGUUAAUACAUGGAAAUAUAUGGCAUUCGUGCAAGAAUCCUCUACAUGUAAAGCAUUGUCUGAAUGUGCAAUAGAUGCAAAUAUUAAAGCUUUUGUCAUAUAUGUUGGUUGUCACUUUUUGUAGGUUAGCUAUCUGCACAAUGGAAAGGAUUCAUUCUUUACUUUGACCACCUGUUCCUUCCCUCUCCUUUUUCUUUGACAACCAUUGUUUUGUGCUUAAUUUAACCUGCUGCAUGCCAAAGAUGAUCUUUGCACUAAACUAUAAUCUCCAACUGCCUUGCACAGAGGAAAAAUAUUCAAAAUAUAAAAAGUUUUCGUAUUGCAUUUCUAUAGGGAUUGUGUCAAUAAGUGUACAAACAUAUCUGCACAUAAUUAGCCAUUUAGCAUUAUAUAAAAUGUCUGAUCCCUGAUUGACCUAUUCAGCCAAUCACAAUGUCUGGAUUAUUGAAGAUUAGCACUUUCAUAGACGUCUGGCUGCCAGUUUGUGCUUAAUCCAUGUGAUAUUAAUCACUUUAAGGAUUAGUACGGGGGGGGGGGGGCAAUAUUCAGAGUAGGGCUUGAGGAGUCAAUACCUUUUAAAACAUUUUUUUAUUAAUGAACCAAUUUUAAUGAUAUUGCAUUCAAUGAAUGCUUAACGUAUGGAGAUUUGUUUGACUAGGUACAAAAGAUGACAUCUUUUAAGUGAGCUCCAUUUGCCACCUCAAAAAGUUACUUUCGAAUGCAUUGUUUAUAACAUUAGUUAACGUUUGAGGCUCUAGCGCUCGAAUUGCUGCACUGAUAUUCUCCUUGAGUUUCUAAAGUGUAGCAAUUUGUUAACAUACACCCACUCCUUCAGACAUACCCACAGGUAGUAAUCAGGAGUUUAGAGGUCGGGCAAACAUGGUGGCCAGCUGAUCUGGUAAUUUCUUGAAAUUAUCAACUCGCUAAACGGUUGUCCCAAUUUUGAUACUAUAAUUCCACUAUUUUUACUCGUCGCUCCCUCGUGAAAUUACCCAUGAUCAGCCUCCCAAAACUCCGUUAUAUGCACCUGCAAUAGGAUAAUAUAACUACUAACAUAAGUUCUUUACUUGUCAAAUUACAUAGUUACAUAGCUGAAAAGAGACUUGCGUCCAUCAAGUUCAGCCUUCCUCACAUGUUUUAGCUGUUGAUCCAAAAGAAGGCAAAAAACCUAGUCUGAAUAGCCUCUAAUUUUGCAACAAACUAGGAAAAAAUUCCUUCUUGACCCCAAAAUAGCAGUCAGAUGUCUCCUUGGAUCAAGCAGCUAUUACCCCAAUAAUCCUAUUCUGAAUUUUGGCCUAUCCUGUAUAUUCGGCAAAGAUGAUGGUGCGGAUAUAAUUUGAUGUUUUGAGGUGGAUCUGUCACUUAUUGCAGAUAGAAAAUACCCAAUUAAAGGAGAGAAACUGCUAUGUUUAUGUUAGGGUUAAUCCAGCCUCCAAAUCCUCUAGUGGCUGCCUCAUUGACAGCCGCUUGAGGCGCUUGCGUGAUUCUCACUGUGAAAAGCACAGUGAGAACACGCAAGCGUCCAUAGGAAAGCAUUAUGAAUGCUUUCCUAUGAGACAGGCUGAAUGCGCGCAGCUCUUGCCGCGCGUGCGCAUUCAGCCAAAUGAGAGGAGGAGGAGCUCUUGCCGCCCGGCGCUGGAAAAAGGGUAAGUUUUAACCCUUUCCUCUCCCCAGAGCCGGGCGGGAGGGGGACUCUGAGGGUGGGGGCACCCUCAGGGCACUAUAGUGCCAGGAAAACGAGUGUUUUCCUGGCACAAUAGUGGUCCUUUAAUAUAUCUAAAAAAACUAAACUAUGAAUUUCCAUUUGUAUCAAAUAUUCCUGUAUUUGAUACAAAUGCUAUUAGGAAAGAAUUAAAUACAUUUGUGCCUUAAAUGUCUCAUCAUAAGUAUUGACUGUAUAUAGAAUAGUAAGUAUUGUAUUAGUUAUUUUAUAUGCUUAAAUCUGUUUGUUUUGGUUUUUUUACUUUAAGGGAUCUUCAGUGGGUUGGAAGAAUAUAAGUCAGCCAUCUGAACAUCAGAGGUAAGGUUUUUGGUGUUAUCUCUGUCCUCAUUUUGUUGUUCUUGGUUACCUCUGUCCACACUUUAACUGUUUUAGUUGAGAUGUCAAUCAAUUGUUUAGGUAACUAAUCACUUUUAUUUUUUUUCACACAUUGUUGUUAUUUUAGCUCCUUUUCACUCAAAGCAAAGCAAAACAAUGCUAUAUCCCAUGUCCCUUCCACAUUUCCGAAAGUGCAGUGGAAGAUUUAAACAUGAACGUUCAGAACACUUUCUAAUGUAAGAAAUGGUAGUCAAUACAUCGGGCUAUCCUUCAUUUAAAAUGGGGUAAUAAAAUGAUACCAUUGUGUAUUUGGACGACCAUCUGUAUUAAUGAAUUAAUGACGCAAGCAAGCCCCUCAUUGCAGUGGUGUAAAAGACUUGUAUAUAUCUAGCCCUUUAUUAUUGCUACAAUAAAGUUUUUUGUUCAUGCAAAGAGAAUGAAAAAGGACAAAUUCUGUGACUUUUACUUGAGAAGUCAAGGCUUCAAAUAUUUUUGAAAGAACAAUGCGUAUAAUUGUUAAAUAUGCGCUAUACACAACUGGUUUUAGAGAAAUUAGAUUCCAAAGAAAUUUGCAUGAACUUGUCGUGGAAAUAACCCCUUGUAAUAUGAAAUGUAUUCUGCUCUGCUGGUGUUGACAUUGACCGUUUGAUGACUUUAUUUUUUUCCCCUUUCCUAUUUAGAAAAAUUGUGACAUUGGAAAAAGAGGAUUCAGAAACGUUUGGGUUUGAGAUUCAGGUACAGUUAAUAAAAAAAUAGAUAAAGAAGAAAAUUUUAAAUUUCAAGUUUCAUACUUUUUUUUUUUUGUUUGUCCCUCUUCCCCUUUGUGUUGUAUUGUUUGCUGGUUUACAUGCAGUAAUGUACAUUUUUAUCUUUGGGUUAACUCAUACAUAUUUGCAAAAGGGGGAGGGUCAAAUGUGCAAGCACUGCGAGCGCAUUAGGUCAUCCCCAUAGGAAAGUAUUGUAUCAUGGACGCUACAUGUCCUCAUGCAGAAUGUGAGAGCGACCACAGUAGGCAAACAAAGUCGCCUAGCCACCAGGUAAGCGCCCCCUAGUGGCUGUCUGGGAGGCAAUUUUAGUCCUGCAAGAUAAUUAUUGCAAUUUCUCUGGACAAUUUAACAUUGUAGGACAAUGUGUGACGGGGCACUGCACCCAGACCACUUCAAUGAGAUGAAAUGGUUUGGGAGCCUAUAGUGUCCCUUUAAUUGGGAAUUAGUGUAAUCAUGUAGAGCAAAUGUACCCCUUUUUUGGUGUGCAGUCUUCCUCUUGUCACUUUUUUGCUAUACAGCCUUUUACUGCUAGCUCUGGUCAAGUCGCAUUUGUCUUCCUUAAGCCUGCCCAUGUUUUAAAUUGAUCAGCCACUGCCACUUUUUCAUUCAAUAAUGUGGAUUUACUGUUAAAGCAACUGGCUAUUCUGUGCAGCAAGUUGUGGAGUAAACAAGUAAAAAAAAUGCUGAGGUUUGUAGGUUUUGUAAAACUGGUUCUGUGAUGGCAAGUGAGAAGAUUUCAAAGCCUUAAAGGGACACUAUAGUCACCAGAACAACUACAGCUUAUUGAAUUUGUUCUGGUGAGUAGAAUCAUUACCUUCAUGCUUUUUGCUGUAAACACUGUCUUUUUUUUUUUUUUUUCAGAGAAAAUGCAGUGUUUACAUUACAGCCUAGUGAUAACUUCACUGGCCACUCCUCAGAUGGCUGCUACAGGUUCUUCCUCUAUAUAUAUAUUGAAUGGCAGUGCUGCACUGCCAUUCAGUGUCUCCACCCUCUGCAUGCAGACACUGAACUUUCCUCAUAGAGAUGCAUUGAUUCAGUGCAUUUCUGUGAGGAGAUGCUGAUUGGCCAGGGCUGUGUCCUUGACAGUCUCAGCCAAUCCUAUGGGGAGUCAUUGUGAUUGGCUCAGACCACCACUUAUGAUGUCAGCAGAUAGAGGCAGUUCACAGGCAAACAGGGGCAGAGCCAGCAGCUGCUGAUUUUAAUACAAGUAAGAUUUUACUAUAGUUAGGGAGGCAAGGGGGGACUAGAUGGGGUUUAUACAUGUUUGUGUUCCUAAUCUGAUAGUGUUCCUUUAAUUAUUUAAAAAAAAAUUAUAACCCGAUUAUUAGUUGGCAACUAAAUUGAAAUUAUUUAAUCAAACUGGUGUGUGCUGUUGUCCUGACUAAAUAUUUCCUGUUUAACUUUCACACUUUGAAAAAAUAGAAAAUAAAAUCGGGAGCUAUUUUCAUACAACUGCAUAGGAAUCAUUUUGAAAACAGAAGGGGAAAUAAGUGGUUAAAAUGUGAAAACCCCCUUACUGGCUGCUUAAUAGCACUGCCUGUAAAUGCAUUUUCUUUUUCACGUAGAUGCAGUCGAGUCAUGACUGUAAGGUUUUUGUGGGUGCUAUUAUUAAAACCAAUAUCUAGUUCGGCUUAUGUUUGCUGAACAAUCUCAAAGCUCAAACAUCUGGUGCUGUAUUUAACUUGUACGGGUUCUGGUCCUGGUUGCUAGGACAUGGCCAGGUACUACCCUCUAUGGAGUGUUUGGAUAGUCAGAUUUUUCACCGACCAGCUGCAAUCGGCUCUUUGUAUGUUUCCUGUGAUUACAAUGUCUCAUAAAAUGAUUUUUAAUGUUUACAGUGACAUCGACGCCUUAAAAAAAAAAAAAAAAAAAAAAUUAAUAAAGGGACAUUAUAGGCACCAAGACCACUUCACCUCAUUUAAGUAAUCUGAGUGCAGUGUACCUGUCCCCUUAACCCUGCAAUGUAAAACAAUGCUGGACUUCCUCACGCUUUGAGUGGGGGAUGUACAGAGGCACACUGUAGUGCUAGACUAGAAAUAUAGUUUUGUAUUCCUAACACUAGUGUUCCUUUAACUCUGUUCUGCCAAUCCUAAUUGGUUACACUGUACACAUACAAUAUAAACUUGGUUUACGAUAAGGGAGCUAUGACCCAACCCCCCUCCUAUUUAUUCAGUAGAUUAUUUUGAUGAUGUCACUAGGAGCAAUUAAGUAGGUUUUCUUUUUAAAGCUUGUUUCUUAACUUUAUCAGUAUUAUAUUUAUAUCAUUAUUUUUUGAGGCUCAGUAAAGUAAUUAUAGCGAGAUAAGAUACAAAUUGCUAUUUAUGUUCCUGUAUAACAUGCAAAAAAACACAUACACCAAUGAGAAACUGAAGGUAAUCAAGAGGAAAUAACUAUUGUGCAAUGGAGUCUUGGCACUGCAAUAAAUUGGAAGUAAAAUAUCUCCACCCAUGUUCUUGCAGUGCGUGUCCGUUCCUCAUUUUACAAUGAUCUUUUUACAUGGCUAAAGCACUUUUUAUCUUGGAGCCUCAGUACUGAAGAUUGACAUUGUAACUCUAAAGAGCAGCUUCCUGUUUUAUAUAUAGUGUGCUGCAACAUAUUCGGUCUGUGGUGAUGGUAUAAAAUAAACUGUGACUCUUGUCAUAAUUUGAUGUUUCUUGUGGUAAAAAAAAAAGUUGGUUUGUUUUCAAUUUUUUGUUUUUAUUAUCACAGGAUUUUAUAGUAAAUGUCAGCACUUCUUGUGUUGGUUACAAAAAAUCCCCUGUAAUGGUGACUUGCACCGGAUACGUUAUGGCUGUCAGUUAUCACGUUUAUUCCAAGCAUUGACCUCUUUUACCUUCUGUUCUUGUAAAUGUUGUGUAGCAUUCUCACCUUAGUACAUUAGUGUGGCGUGAAACCGUACCACUUCUGUCCAUCUGUCCAUGUACCUGCAGGUUAAUAACACCAUAGGACAGAUAGCGGUUGAGAGUGGAUGAAAAAUGCAAUUUUACUGUGGCAUAAAUCCGUGUUCUAGCUAGUAUACACUGUUCCUACACUGGUAACAAGAUUAAUUCGACAUUAUUUCCCAUUUUUAAAGCUCAUGUCUAAGCAUCUUAUGUUGGAAUGUCCUGAUAACAUUCUUUUUACAUUUAUUUUUUUAAAGACUUAUGGAUUGCAUCAUCAAGACAAGAAUGCAGUUGAGAUGUUUACUUUUGUAUGUCGGGUACAUGAUGGAAGUCCAGCUCAGUUGUGCGGCCUCAAAGUUGGUAAGUCUGCUUUUGCCAACCAUUAGUUCUAGAUUGGCUUGAAUCUAUAAUUGGAUAUAUAUCAAUUAAUAUUUCUGGGCUGUAUUAGGUAUUGUGAUCUGCAAGCGUCAUUAAUUGAUAGUUCUGCCAGCCUCACCAGGAAGCCAUUAAAUAUGAUGUUACUGUAACUGUCGAAUUUUACCUUCUAUUGUUCCAUUUAAAAAUGAAAUGGGUCAGAACGAUGGUUUACUUGGAAAAUAUAAUUUCCUGCUUAAGAAACACUUCCUGUUACAGAAAUAUCUCUGAAAUGUUCAUAAACCACAAAAACAAAUGUUUCUUUGCCAAUCUUUAUCAGUGCAAAGCUCUGUAUUUUGCAUGUCUGUCUUAACCACCAGUUAGUUUGACAGGCAACACUUUUUUUUUAGCUUUGUCAGCAACUUUUACCAGAGAAUUUCACUGUCAGCACCUUUUUAGUUUCCCUGAAUGCUAACCUAUUGAUGUCACUUUUAGGUUGUUUUCUUGACAAUGAGACAUAUGCUAACUUUUUUGGAUGUUUUACAAAUAUCCAUUAUGGUUUCACCAGAAAUGAUCAGAUACACAUCCCUCCUCAACCCCCACCGACUCACUCUCGCUAUGCUUUUUGGCUUUCAUUUGAUUGAUGUUAAAGAAUUUGUCUACGGUUGGAUUCAUAGGAGUUUUUAUUAUGGCACACAAGGCGUUAAAUACAAAGAUAUUGGAAUACUAACAAUGAACACAGUUACAAUUGGGCAAGUAUCUUGUGGUGCAGUCACUAUUUCGAAUGGAUGCUAUGGCAAAUACACGAGUAUCACUCAAAACCUAAGCAGGGAAAAAAAAUAUCCCUAUUUGCUAAUAUCCCUAGAAUAUAAACUCGUUUGAGCAGGGCACUCAACACUGUGCGUCCAACUUGUCUUAUUGCAAAUACUUGUCAGCCCACCUAUUGUAGAAUUUGUUGGCACUUUAUAAAAAAAAUACUUAAAAAAAUUAUGUAUGUGUUUGAUUCCUCAUUUUCAUGUCAUACAGUUGUUCACCAUUAUUCCUCGCUAUUCAUAUAUCCUGGUUUAGUAGACAGGCUGUCAUGUCUCAAUGUGUUUAGAUUUUGUUUGAAGAUAGGCUUUUCCACAGUUUAAGGAAGGUGUAUUCACUAAUCAUAGAGAAACAUGGCAUCCGAAUUGCAAAAUAUUGGUUAGAGUUACAGAUCUGGAGGCUUCCCCCAUCCCAUAUGUUUAACAUUUUAGUUGUCAAAUUGCAGCAAUUCACAUUUUAGAACAGAGAAUUUGCUCAAUACUCUGAAUGCUGUUAAUCAGUUACUGUGUCACAGUGAAGAUUUCCUUUAAGUGAUCUUGGACAGGUAUGUUAUUUUAGACCUUAGCUCCUGGAAGGAGACAGCAGUCUCUAAACAUGGACUUUUGGAACCAUUAUACUGCUGCUGCAGCUGUAGUCUAAAGAUGCAAGAACAUGUUGUGUCUAAAACUUAAUCCUGCCUGUUAUGUUUUGUAUUUUGUACUGAUCAAAGGUUCCUUCAAUCUGUUUGAAUUACUAUUUUUUAAGCAUAUAAUCUUCCAUCCAUAGCCAGUGUUUGUUUGGCUAAAAAUGUGUUCCUUUGAACAGUAUUGUGUUAAUGUGAAACGCAUGUAAGGGGAACUUUCCCCCCCCCCCCCCUUCUAUUGGAGUCCCUGUUGCCUUUCCACAUUAUACAACAUGUUCUGAGCAGGAAAUGAGUCACUCCAGCAAAGGAUUUGGAAAGAGUCUCCAAUUGUGUCCGUGCAGGAUUGGAUAGAGUAUAAAAUAAUGUUCCCACUUUUACGUUAAGUUGCCAAAUGUUUGCAGAGUUCAGGAAAUUCAAUGAAGUAUUCAGGCAGUUUCAUUUUAUCCCUCGAACUCUUAUCUCCCACUGUAUUGGUGAAAGUGGUCUGGAUGGGGGGAGUAGAGAAUCACUGAGGACUGAGCAGGAGAAGUACACCUUUUAUUUUAGAGCUCAAACAUGUGCUGUGCAUUGCAGAACAAACUUGGCACUCACUUUACUGGUCCUGCUUGGACAAGUAUGGUCUGAACAUGAACAUUUCAUUUGUACGGCAAUUUUGACGCGCCUUAAGAUUUUAGAGUUACAGUGGCCUCUUUUUGCUGACAAACCGUGACUUUAUAAAAUAUAUAACACCUCUUAAUUUGUCAAGUGAAUAAACAUAACUGUAAAGCGCUGCGGACUCUAUUGGCGUUAUAUAUAUAUAUGUCCCCCAAAAAAACCUGAUUGAUCUUAUUGUAAGGUGAUUUAUAUUAAUGCAUAAUGUAACUUAUUUUUUUUUUUAGGUGAUAUAAUUGCUGGUGUUAAUGGCCUCAAUGUGGAUGGAAUUAGACACAGAGAUAUUGUAGAGUUGAUCAAGGCUUCUGGGAACACAAUCAGGUAAAUUAAAUAGAUUUUUAGAUACCAGCUUCCCACUUGGUAGCAAAAUCCGCAGUCUCAGAGUUCAUUCUGAGGGUUCUCCUUCAUGAAAUCUGCUCAUUAACGCAAUUUUGCUGUCUGCGCAUGAAUCUGGCCUAUAUUCAAAGGUGUUGUUUUUUGGUUUUUUUUGUCCUGCCAUUAUAUUUACUUGUAUAUCACCAUUUGUCAAAAAGACCAAACCAAAUAGAGGAUGCAGCACAAUUUCUAAAGAUGGCACACUUCCCAAGUUUAACUAGAAAGUUAUCCAGUUGAUUCCUUUGUGAAGCUUGUAAUCUUUCCUACUAAAAUGACAUCCACUGUAAAGUUCCUGUGUAAACUUGCACUGUCUUAUAUUGAGUUGUCGAUUGUCUUGUCAGAUUGGAGACAGUUUAUGGAUCUGCUAUCCGGAGAGCCGAAUUGGAGGCACGGCUACAAUAUCUGAAGGUCAGUGGUGUGUGUGUUUCUCAGCUCAUCUGAAGUACUGGAGUGCUUGUUAUACUGUGAGUUGGGCAUAUUUAAGUCUGUCUGUUGGUGUCCUGUAAUCUUUGCUUGAGUUGUGUAGACCAGUUUCCCAGUCUGAGAAGUGCUUUGGGGGGGGGGGGGAGUACUUUAAUUCCAAUUUUAGUUUUCUAAUUUACUUUGAGGCUUCAUUAAGUUCUGUAAAUACUGUUAACAACUUUUAUCAGCAGUACUUGGAUUUAAAAAUCUGUGGUUAGUGCCUUGAAAACUUUUUGAACACUGGUGUAGUCAACCCUUUUGUGGAUACUGUUUAGUCAUAUCUUUAUAUUUGAUCAAUCUGCCUCAAUACAAACGGUCUCAUAUGUCCCAUACUUGAAUACAUUUUUUUUUUUUUUUUGCAGCAAACGUUGUAUGAAAAAUGGGAAGAAUAUCGGUCACUUAUGGUCCAGGAACAGAGAUUGCUCCAUGGUAAGUGCAACUUCUGUCAAACUUAUAUUCUGAAGCAGAGCUUUAAGUCCUCCAGAAUUUAAUUAUCUAGGUACACCGACCCAACAGAGUCCAUCUUAUUUGUUUACUCAUGUAGUGCAUUGUGAGUUUAUGAAAUGGUGGUUGAGCUUGUGUGCAACUUUCCUGUUCCUUAAUAAAAUGUCACACACUCCCCCUAGCUCACUGACUUCAUGUGAACUCAAUACUCUCUAACCCACAAGUAUAAGUUGUGAAUAGGUACAUGCACACAAAGAAAUCCUUAUUGACUGUGUUUGGCGGUCUUGUAGAUCAUCUUGCUUUUACCAAUGAAAACACAUUAAUGGGCUGUCCUAUGUAUGUUAGCGUGCACAGUUGUUUCAUUCAUGUUUACUAAUGAAUAAAGCUCCUAGAAGGUGCAGAAUAAUUAUAUAGAAGUGUUUUUCGAAGGAACUUGACACCCGGAACAUUGAUGUCCAUAAUGUGCUGAGCUUGUUCUUGUAGAGUGUGCAAACUGGCAGGAAUAUUUAAAGUAAAGCUCCCAUUGCUAAUCAAAUGGUGGUGAAACAGAUGUACGUUUUAAUGUAAACUAGCUUUGGGUUACUUUUAUUAUUUUGCAAGUUGCAUGCUAAUUACUUCCGGUUUUAAGAUAUAUUCAAUUUUUCACUUAUGCUCGUUAUGUUCUCAUAAACGUGUUCUGCAUUUUAGGACCCUGUCAUUGUUUUUUCUAUUGACAAUAACGUCCUUAAAGGGAUUACUUCCUUUUAAUCUGGCCCUAAUGUUGUCCAUGUUCUGCAUUUUGUUUUGCCAGAAGAUGAGGAAGUUGUCCAUAAAGCACAGAACGAUCCUCCCUACAUCUGCUUUCUUCUUCCUUUACAGCGCAUUGUUUACAUAAUGUUUUGUUUCUGUGGAUUCUCUUGUGUAGCAUUAAUAACUGCACUCCAAAAGCCAUUACAUCAGUUCAUAUGUGCACAGAAUUACAGAUUACUGCCUAUUGUAACAGAGGGUUCCGUGCACAGUUUGACUUUGUGAAAUGUAUUAUACUGGUUGUAAUGGGGCUCAUGUGGGGUAAACACUGAUUUGGUCACUUAUACGUUUUUGUAGAGCCUAUAAGUAAUAGCAAAAAUUAAAACACAAGUUUUUUUUAAAAUAAAUUUUCCCUGUUGCAGGGACCCUCUCUGCCACUCUUGAGGCUGUCUGACACCUUGGGAAAUGUAGUACGCAAACAUCACGGCUUUUAAGUAUUCAACACUACUGCAGAUAUUCUGAGAGCAUAAACACUGAUUUUCUUGUCUGAGUGGGUUCUUAAGGCAGGUCUCUCUGCAGCCAAUAUUUUCACUACAGUUCCCGUGAUCUGGAAAAACCUUCCUUCAGUAGUUUAGUAAUAACUUCCUCCACCCUUAGCUGCGAUUAAUUGUAGAAGGUGUGUGGACCAAAUAUGGCCAACCUCUUAGUUUAUGUAUAGCUAAUGGAUAUAAUUGCAACUGGGGGCAUGUCACCAUCAAUGCAUAUAAUGUACUUAAUGCCUUUCAUAUUUUCUUUUCUAGGUAUAGUUGUGAAGGAUCCCAGUGUGUAUGACACUCUAGAAUCGGUGCGUUCUUACAUAUAUGGAACUGUUCCUGUGUCUGGGAAGGACCCCCUUAAUGGCUCUCUUGCAGCUGGGAGUAUGUGUAGCAGUGCUAGCUGCCUCAGCCACACAGACGACAAUGAAGAAGCAGUAUAUCAGACAUGUUAUUUCACCUCAGACUCCACCGAUGAGAUAAAUGGUCUUGGCAGCAAAAGCAACGGCAAGCCUUACAAGUCAACACUUACUCGCAGCUCUAGUGUGAAGUGUGGAACCUCUGGAACAACCUGGGACAAGCCAAAAGAACAGAAUAACUUUGCGUCCCUUCCCAGGAAAAAGCACAAAAGUUUUCGGAAAAGACUUUUGAAGUUUAUACCAGGACUAAACAGAUCUUUAGAAGAGGAGGCCAGUCCUCUUUAACAUAACAUUAUAAAAGAGGUUAAGUUAUUUAUUUAUUGUUCCCUGUUUAGUUUUUUUGUAAAAAGAGUGAAAAGCCAUGUAGUUCUUUUGUUAGGCUUUAUUGUAAUAUGUUGUGUUUGGGCAGUUUACCAGAAAAUAAAUGUUUGGCAAGGCAAUGGUUGCCAAACUCCAGAUUUUUCUAUGAAAAAUGCAGUUUAUUCUGAUGUUUUCAAGUGUUCAAAGGCUCACACAGGAGUUUUCCUGCCAGCAGGUUUAGUGAGCAGUCUGAUUAUUUUUCAAGGCAAUGCUGGAUUUUGCCUAAUAUAGAAUUACUCCCAAGGUCUGCAGUUGAUUAGAACUUGGGGUCUAUACCAAUGUAUGCUAACCUAUGCCAUUCCUGCUGCUGAAGACAGUUACCCAUAAUGCCCAGCCAGCUUUAGUGGCACAGGCCAAAGUCAGAUACCCAAUUGUUUUUCAAACUACAACUCCAUUGAUGUUUUGCAGCUUUAUGGCUGACAAGGCAUUGUGGUAGUCAUAGUUGCACUUUUGGCCACUCCUGGUCUAUAGUAAUCCUCUCUUCUGUACCAUAGGUGCCUUCACUCUGUUUAUGCCAGGGGGAUGUAACUGGAGACUUAAUGUAUUGUGUAUUUAUUCUCUUUAUGAUCCAGCCAAUGCUGUGAUACAAACCAGCUCGGUCUAGGGAGAGUGGGUGUUCUUUCUUUGCUUUUCUAGAUUAUAGUCUGGCAAGUGUUCACUCUGACUUUAGCAGCAUUGUUGAAAGUGAAUGCCCCCAUUUAGUUUUCAUGUUGCACAUAUAUAAUAUACUGAAUUGCUUAGGCAAACUAGGAGUCAUGCAACAUGGUCGAUGGCAGUGAUUUUUCUUUUAAAGUGAAGCAAAGAUUUUGGCAAUCACCCCAAAACCUCACAUCCAUAGACAUAAACAAAAUUGCUUGCAGUCUGUCUUUUUAAGUCGGUGAGCAUCUUCAAAUAUUUUUUUUCUGUAGAUUGCAUUUAGCGUGGAACAGGCUUUCUUCCCAGGCCUUAACAAUAUAUUGUAAAUCCUUCCAACUGAAAUAUUUUACAUUAAUUGGGUAUAAGAGGAAGUGAUUAUAUUGUAGGAACACGUCGCCACAUUUUCAGUAACUACCAUUCAUGCUAUCUGUUCAUUUUGACCCAAAGUUAAAUGUGCACACCAGCCAGAUGUGCCAGUUCUUGCUAGACCAUAUACAUUUGAGCCAUUUGUCAACGGCAAGGCACACCCAUGGUUUAAUAUGCUUUUCAUAAAUAUUGCUGGCAGGGCUAUAUCUGUUCCCUGUAUGGUCUUUACUUUGUAUGGCCCAUAUUUUAUUGCAUUGUCUGUGUAUUCAUAUCAGUAUAGCAGCUGUGCAGAUGACAUCUGGCAAUGCUGAAUUGUAAUUCUGCAUGUUUGUUGUAGGACAGGUUUGCUCCAACUGUAAAAAGACGCCAUGCCUUUGGCACACCCAGCAUGAAUGUCUUAAGCUAUAUCCUGAACGCCACAUUAAAUAAAUACAGUCCAUCCAUGUUCCGAAGUUAUUUAAAAAUACUUUUCCUGAAAAAUGGGAUAACAAAUGACUUGUCCCUAGUUCACACUUUUCCCUAGUGUUAUGGCUGCAAUAGAGUUUUAAUGUUUAAUUUUAGGACUCUGCACCCCUCCUCCCCCCAACGUAAGUUGUGCCGUAUCAUUUUAUAUUACAGAAGAAAUGUAUUUGGAGAAAAUUAAAUCGCCCCAAACGUUUAAAUCACUUUUAUUGCAAAACUGUGAAGCACUCCUGCAGACUUUACCUCGUAUAUACACUCCAUAUUGACCUUUUUAUGUUUAUUACAAUCCUGUAAAGUGUUUCUUGUUGCUCCAAAUGCAAAGAACAUUAAUGGGGCACUCCUAAAUUCCUAUAUACCCAGGCAUUUGUGGUUUUGCUUUCAUGGGAGGAAUGUCCGUCAUUCUGUGCAUGCGGAUUGCUCCCAUGUGUGGAUGCAGCUAUUGCGGACCUCCUUUGACACAAGACAAUAUGCCAGUCAGUAAUGUUCUGGCAGGCAGGAGCACCAUAUGUAGAACAAAUGUUAAAGCGUAUUAAGGCGAAACAGCAGCUCUAUCUGAGAAGUCCACAUUCCAGCUUCCCCAGGAAAACUCUACAGCUGUGACAAACUAUGUGCAGAAGUCAUCCUUAAGGAAGAGGGCCUACGGUGUUUUAAGUUUUAUCAUGGGAAACCUCUGCCUUCUUUUCUUUACUGGAUUUGUUGAGCAAUUGUGUUUUUUUGUUUUUUUUGGCUUGCACUUAAAAAUCCAUUAAAUAAACAGCCAUUUUAUUGGCCCCAAAUCAGCACAUUCGGAUAUGAUAAACAGAUGGCUUUUUAACUAUUCAAAUAGUUGUCUGAGCACAAUUAGAAAGGUCACAGGCUUCUGUACCAGUUCCAACCACUGUGUGCAAUUGCUCUUAUCUAAACCUCUGUCACCGACAUAGACCUGUGACAUUUCUGUGAUUUGGAUUUUUUUAUUUUUCUUCUGGUAAAAUAUAUCUUUUGGAUCUUGUCAUAGAUAUUUUUAUAUAAAUCGCAUAACUAAAUACACAGCGUAGGUUUUUAGAAUUCAUCACCAUUGAAGUGCUCUAAUGCCAGGAUUUUGGUCUGUGUUGGAAUAAAGGUGCCAAACUGUGUCAAAAUAAUGUUACAUUUAUAUAGAAUUCAUCAUCUUGCAAAAAAGCUGUCGUUCAGUCAUUGUGGAACAUAUCCCCAAUGCAUUUUAUGCCUGAGACAUUUCACGUGCAGUCUAAGAACUUGAGUUUCAAAUGAAGCAUUGAAACUUUUGUAAAUGAUUUUUUGGGUGAAGAUCUCCACAAUCAAGCUGAGUGAUGUUUUGGUUGAUAUGGUGUGUUCUGUAGAUGGUAUUUUUCUCCUUACAUGCUAUACAGUAAGGGGCUUAUGUUAGAGCCCGUUAAUGGUUAAAUAGAAAUUGUUUGUAUCUUGGUAUGUGAUGGGGUGUCUGCUUUCUACUUUGUCAUGUUAAGCUUAAAAGAAUAUUCUGCCUAACCAUAAAUCUAUGAAAAACUGAAGCAUGUGUAGUCUUAUACCCCACGGAAAGCCUCCAAGAAGAUGCUAGCUCUCUGAGAACUCGUAGUUCAAUUACGGAGACCUCCACACCACAUGAGAAUGCAGAGGAAAUUGCUAAAAAGUCUAAAUAUUUAGUCACGUUACGACUGAUGGUACAGAGUGAAUGGGACUACAAAGGAUAUGUGUAAUGGAACAUUUCAAUAAAGCUGUGCCAUGAACUUUGUUAAAGAUAUUUGUACCCGUUCAUUUCAUUGUUUCAUUUUCAUGACUAGGAAGGCUCCUCAUGCCUAUAUUAUAGGGUUAUUUACGAACACCUGCUGAAAGACUGAUAAAAAAAAGCAAACUUUUUUAAAAUGUCAUUGCCUUGGUUGUAUUGGCCUAAAACAUUCUGGUCAUGAGUUUUUUACAGUUACAGAUCUGUUAGAAGAAAUCUACUGUGAGAUUCACACAUAGCCGGUAUGUGAAAAGCCUUCCGGAAGAGGGUUUACAAAUAUAGAUUCUAGAAUUGUCUGGUCAUUUGACUGGUAAAUCUUCCACACAAUGUUAAAUUCAAAGUAACUAUUUGUUCUUGGAAUUUUCUUAUUGUAUUUUUUUCAAAUCUUGUAAGUUAUGACUUAUGGGUGCAUAAAUAACUUUUGGCCUUUGUACUGUUGAAAUUGUGAUAAUAUAAGAUUGCUAUUUUAAGCUACUUGUCAAAAUUGUCUCUUAUUUGAAAUAUCUCC